ACCACCACUCUCCGACUCGCCAUAGCGCAACUCACUUCAACUCGGCCAGAUUACAGUUGAAAGAAAAAGAAAUCGAUAUCGAAAAUGAGCAAUCGUCAAAGAAAAGAAAAAGAAGAAAUGAUGAUGACGAAGGCAAAGGUGAAGGCGUUUACGGGAUCGAACGUGUUCAUGUCGCGAAACCUUGUCCCCCCCGAAGUAUUCGACAAACUUCACGGCGUUCUCAAGGAUAACGGUGCCCAAGUCUUCCUCUGUUGCGACCCUUCUCGAAACGGCCCCGAUGAUUUCCACAUUAUCUCCUCCAUCGACCAUGAGAAAUUUGAGGAUCUUAGAGCUAAAGGAUGUAAUUUGUUAGGUCCUCAAUGUGUUAUUUCUUGUGCAACUGAAAAUAGAGCUUUACCGAAACAAGGAUUUAGUUGCUGCCUUGCGAUGGACGGCCUCAAAGUACUGGCAUCCGGUUUCGACAAUGAUGAGAAGGUUAAAAUUGAAAAAUUGGUUACAGCCAUGGGGGGAGUUUUGCAUACUAAAGCAUCUUUAGAUGUUAGCUUUGUCAUUGUAAAGAAUGUCCUGGCUGCAAAGUAUAAGUGGGCUUUCAAUAUUUUAAAGAAACCGAUUGUUGCGGUUCAGUGGUUGUAUCAGUGUUGGAGUGAGCACCGUGUUGUUCCUCAGGAUUCAUACAGGGUUCUUCCUUUUACUGGAUUGACAAUAUGUGUUACCAGAAUUCCUGCAGAUGAGCGAAAAGAGGUUGAAAAGCUGAUCAUACAAAAUGGUGGGAAAUAUUCAUCUGAACUCACCAAGAAGUGCACACAUUUGAUUUGUGAUGCUCCUGAAGGUGACAAGUAUAAAGUUGCUCGAAGAUGGGGCCAUGUUCAUAUUGUAGUUCGAAAAUGGUUUGAUCAAUCCAUUGCUAGAAGAGCAUGCCUUAAUGAGGAGUCCUAUCCUGUCCAGGGUGGUUGUGCAUCUUCAAAGAAAAGUGUUAGUGGUUCCUUGUCAGCACAGUAUAGUCAAGAUAAGCUUAGAGGAAGUUCAGUGCCUGCAACUUUGGUGGUUCCUGAAUUUAAUUUGUCCACUGUGCCUUCUACCGGAUUGGGAGAUCCAGAUCUUGAAGUUACUCUCUCUCAGAACAUGUCUUCUGCGGUAUCAGAUGCUCGGGUCAGUUUUAAAGAGGAUGAUGGUGAAGCACAAAGUUUGCAGCCUUCUACUGAAACAAAGCUUGAUGGUUGUGUUGCCAAUGACUCUCAAUCUGAAGACAAUGAUCUAUACUUGUCAGACUGUAGAAUUUCACUUGUUGGCUUUGAAGCUUCUGAAAUGCGUAAGCUGGUUGCCAUAGUGCGCAGAGGUGGUGCAUCCCGGUAUAUGUCAUGUAAUGAUAAAUUGACACACAUAGUUGUUGGGACUCCAUCUGAAUCGGAAAAGAAAGAGGUAAGAAGUUUUGUAGCUUCAGGUGUCAUCCAUGCGGUAAAGACCAACUGGCUUGAAGACUGUGAUCGUCAAAAGAAAGAAAUCUCUGUUCAUCAGAGGCAUGUUGCGUGUGACUUACUUCUUCCUAAAGAUUCUGUAAACUCUGUCAGAGGAGCAGUGACGGGAAUCAUCAAUUCAAAUCAAAAUAAAUCCCCAGUUCUUACAAACUGCAGAAAUGGAAUGCCAUCAACUACGGGGAAAAGUCUAGAUGAUAAACUCAAAAUCAACAUGAAUGGCGACAACUGUUUGAAAGCUACUGUAGGAUCAUUCAAGCAAGUCUUACUGCCUAGAACAAGUACAAAUAAUGUUUGGCGGAAGAAGCAAUGUGACCCAGUAGUCCAAAAUCUUAAGAAUGGGAUUUCAACUGUAUUUAAGGGGAAAACAUUUUGUUUUUCAGUUUCCUUUCCUGAAGACAGGAGAGCUGAAAUUGUUGAAUGGGUGGAUCAAGGUGGAGGGGAGGUUGUUGAGGAUCAUGUAAAAAGGAAUGUUAAUUUUGUUAUCGAGUGUCAUGGUCAACCCAGUUCUAUCACUGAUUCCCAGAUUACUUUUGUUUCUACUCACUGGGUCCGGUCUUGUUUAGAGGAUGGAUCCUUGCUGGAUGUUGGAAGUCAUAUUCUCUAUUCGCCACUUCCCUGUCAAAUUCCUUUUCCUGGGUUUAAAAGCUUUCGCUUUUGUGUUUCACAAUAUGAAGAGAAGGAUAGAUUGCUAUUAAGAAACCUAUGCUUUAUUCUUGGAGCUAAGUUUGUGGAAAAACUUACUAAAAAGGUGACUCAUUUACUAUGCAAGUUUUCCAGUGGACCGAAAUAUGAGGCUGCUUGUAAAUGGGGAAUACAAUCAGUAACAUCAGAGUGGAUAUAUGAAUGUGUAAGGCGGAAUAAAGUUGUUUCUCUGGAUCCAUUUUGCCCAAAAGAAGUUACUGCUCAAGACCAAGAAGCUGGAUUCUGCACCGUGAGCCAAUUUUCGACUCAAGCCACUCAACUGAUGUCUGUGGAUGUUCCAUCUCAGUUAAUGAUUCAAUCACAGGGCCCGAGGACACAAGAUCUUCGUGUUAAAAAUGGGUGCAUUAUUGGGGGUAGAAACGAUGGCUCUAGAGAUGAGGCCAAACAAUCAGAUGGUCAUCUUAAAAGGGCUAGGCACCUGGAAGAUGAUGACCAGAAUGCUUCUGGAGUGCAUAUAUGCCAGCCCUUUGUGAACGAAAAUUCCACUGAAAAUGAAAAAUUAAAAAUUGCAGGUGAAGCUGCUCAAGUUUUGCCUGAUGUAGCUACUGCUAUAGAAGACUUACUGGAGCAAACUAGUAAGAUUCAUGAUCAGAAAUCACCAGAGAGGAAUGGGUGUGACGGAAGUAUAUUUUCAUCUGAUUGUACGGGUCAUCGUCAAGAUACUACAGAUCCUCAUUCUGUUAUUGGGUUAUCUACUCACUGGUUAAACCGGACUCUCAGAAAAGAUGAAUUCAGCAGUCAUUCUCGAGAUGUACAUGUGGGUGGCCUAUAUGAUAGUUUCAGUGAAACACAAACAGAAUCUCAGGUGGUGGGUUAUGAAGAAGAUUUGUCUGGUCGGCAAAUGCUUAUCGACCGAGUUCGGACCCGAGGUAGCAUGACCUGAAGCACUGAAAUCCACUCUCGCCAAGCAAUUAAACUCGAUACCAGCAGCCAAACUAAGCUUGGCAGUUAAAACUUAGUUCUGAUGGGAACUUGAAAAAGAAGGCAAUUUGUAGUUCUUACGAGUAUGAGACCCGUUGACUUGUACCGGCAUGUCGUAUUUGUG